AUGGAGAUUCCAAUGACUCACAAAAGUUUCAGAAUCAAGAUGACUUCUGUCGUAGAAGAAGCCAUGAAUGCAAGCAAGCAACAAGAAAUGGAGAUAUGGCACAAGAGACUCGGCCAUGUAAGAAACGGUCGCUUGCAACAGAUGCAAGACAAGUAUUUGGUAAAAGGUUUACCAAAGUUUCAAGUCACAAAGGAAGUAUGUGAAGCGUGCAAUCUAGGGAAGCAAUCUCGCAAAAGCUUUCCAAAAAAGUCUCAAACGAAGACUCAAGCAAAGCUUGAGAUUGUGCAUACGGAUCUAUGCGGACCGAUGCAGCACAAAUAUCUCGAGGGAAGCCGUUAUUUCCUUCUGUUUUUAGAUGACUAUACCGAUAUGUGUUGGGUAUACUUCUUAAGGCAAAAGUCUGAGACUUUCUUAGCGUUUAAGAAUUGUAGGGCAGUGGUGGAGAAGCAAUCCGACUGUACCAUCAAGACCUUGAGAUCCGACGGAGGUGGGAUUGGGAUAAGAAAGAAGAAGCAAAGAAGACCAUUGUCUUAUCCAUAG